AAUUAGCACACUACUCUGUUUCCACAUUCCAUGUGAAGCCCCUCAUCUUCUCUCCCUAACAUUAUUAUAUAAACACUAAUUGCAGACAAAACUUUCUGAUUCAAAAAAUAAAAAAACUCUAGUUGGAAACCCAAGAUCAUGGGUUUCUACUAUUUCUUGUUUCUUCUCUCCAUAUUUUUUUCAUCUUCUUCUUCUUAUGCUACAAUUGAUCAUAAUAAUAGUUCACGAAAAUUAUUACUAGGAGUUAGUAAAUGUAAUUUAUUUAGAGGCAAAUGGAUUUUUGAUUCUUCUUACCCUCUAUAUGAUUCUUCAACUUGUCCUUUCAUAGACAAACAAUUCAACUGCCAAGCUAACGGCCGUCCGGAUCGCUACUAUCUUAAGUAUCGAUGGCAGCCGUUUUCUUGCAACUUACCGAGGUUUAAUGGAUUAUAUUUCUUGGAGAAAUGGAGAGGGAAGAAGAUUAUGUUCGUAGGUGACUCACUGAGUUUAAAUCAGUGGACUUCUUUGACAUGUUUGCUUCAUUCUUGGGUGCCUAAUUCAAGAUAUUCACUCGUGAGAAAUAAUGGGUUAUCUUCGGUCACUUUUGAGGACUAUGGAGUAUCAAUUCUAUUGUAUAGAACACCAUUUCUAGUAGAUGUUAUUAAUGGAAAAAAUGGAAGAAUUUUGAAGCUGGAUUCAAUCUAUAGCGGCAGAACUUGGGUAGGGAUGGACAUGCUGAUCUUUAACUCGUGGCAUUGGUGGACUCACACCGGGAGAACCCAACCAUGGGAUUAUAUGCAAGAAGGGAAUAAAUCUUACAAAGAUAUGAACCGUCUGGUUGCAUAUUAUAAAGGGUUAACCACUUGGGCUAGAUGGGUCAACCGUAAUGUUGAUCCUUCCAAAACUAAAGUCUUCUUCCAAGGCAUUUCUCCCACUCAUUAUGAGGGCAAGGAUUGGAACGAGCCAACAAGGUCAUGCAGUGUAGAGACAGAACCAUUCUUUGGACUAAGGUACCCAGCAGGAACCCCAAUGGCUUGGGUCGUGGUUAACAAAGUAGUGAGCCGAAUCAAAAAACCGGUUUAUUUACUAGACAUAACCACACUGUCUCAGUAUAGAAAAGAUGCUCACCCAUCAGGGUAUGGUAAGGAUCGUACCACAGAUUGUAGCCAUUGGUGUCUUCCUGGGUUACCUGAUACUUGGAACCAGCUUUUAUAUGCAACUCUCUUUAAUUAGUUGAAAAUUAUGUAGCACGGAAACGGAAAUGGUGGAAUAGAAAAUACGGAGUAGGAAACGGGGAAAUGGCAUUUUUUUUAAAUUAUGUUACAAGUAUUGGAUUUUUAGAAUUUUAGAAGUGUCUUUCGAAUCGGAAAUAAAAUGUCGAAAUAUAGGAUUUGAGUUAUUUUAAUGUAAUACAGGUCGAUGAUAAUCUUGUCAAGCUAGGUGAUUGUUUUUUAGAAAUGUCAUUGUUUUGAUGAUAUAUAAGGAGUGUGGAUGAUGUUGAUUUUAAUGUAAAUUUUCAAAUUAUUUGAUGGUAUGAAAAUUACCGUCUAAAUUGAAGCUCA